AUGGCAUUCAAUGGCUGGGCGUGUGCUGUGAGUCUGUCGAUAUUUCGAGAAGGCGAAAUGGGCGGAGGCACCAGGGCGAAAAGGACGCUAAAGAUCACUAGAGAAAGCAAAAACCAACGAAAUCGAGACGGUGGAGGUCUGGUUACAAUGCGACGGCAAAAGGGCACGACCGGGCGCGAAAGAAGCCGCCCUAAGGAUAUGACAGUGGGAGAGCCGCAAGAGGACGAAUAG